CCAGGCUGGCCGCCGCUGCAGUGUUUCGCGGAGCAACUCAACGCUGGCUCCAGAGGUGCGAGUGUAGCCCCGGAGAGCACCUCCGCAGAGCGGCUCCUGAUAACCAAUAAAGCUCGGUUGCAAUCAAAGUGGAUUUUUUUUUUCAUUUAUUUUUUUCAAUAUAUACAAAACGUGGAAUAACGUCCACACCUGUGGAAAGUGCUCUCCCGGUAACCACCAGCUCGGUUCCGUUUUUGUUUUGUUUCCGCUUUCUCAAUUUGUUGCACUUUGGUCCCAGAGCCUGCGACUCUCUUCCGCGGGGCUGAGAGGCUCCACGUUCCCCGGCGCGUUGCUCUCCGUGUCGUCCGCGUGGAAUGGAGGGCCCCGCGCGGAUUUUCUACCGGGAGAAUGCGUUUGUCUGCUGAUCCGGCCCACGGCAAGCAGCGCUCCUGGAACAGAGGUUGGCCAAUCGGAGGAGGGCGUCCACGCCGGGCAAUCACGGCCGCUGGCAGGGGUCCGAGGGCGCCAUGGACAUUGGCCUCAGGGUCUUCCUGUCUUCUGUGCUGUGUCUCAGCAACUUGCUGCUCAUCAGCUGCAAUCUUCAAUACCCAUCUUUCCUCUCCGAGCCCGCCUCACUGGUGCAGAGUCCAGGGUCGGUGGCUCACUUGCGAUGUGCCAUCAACCACCCGUCGGCGGCGCUGUCUUGGCGCUUCCGAGGUGCACCCCUGCUCCCCGACACCCUGCCCGGCGUGGAGCUGAACGGCGAGACGCUCACUAUCGCCUCCCUUCAGCGUGCCCACAGCGGCCUCUACCAAUGCGUGGCACGCUCGCACAACGGGCUGGCUGUUGCCAGCCGGUAUGCACGUGUGGCUUUGGCAGAGAUAUCGGAGUACCGAGACAGCCGGCGGCGUACGCUCUCCGUCCAGGAAGGUGGCGCGGCAGUCAUCGAGUGCCCUCUGCCCCGUAGCAUUCCGCCAGCCUUCCCCAGGCUACGAGUGCGGGGCGAGCAGUUGGAGGUGUCCACAGACGACUGCUUAGUUCUUCCGUCUGGAAACCUCCAGCUCCCAUCUGUCUCUGCGCGUCAUCAAGGAGUUUACAAGUGUGGCUCAUACAAUCCUGUCACGGGACAAACCGUCACGCAGACCCACGGUACCAAAGUUUUGGUCCGACCUGCAGACUCCCCCUCCUCUCCGUUGAGGAUCGUUUACCCUACUGGCCCUGUGAAUGUGACACUGCAGCAGUCCCAGUCGUACACGUUGGAGUGCGUCAUUUCUGCAAGUCCGGCGGCGGCCUCGUCCACGUGGUUCAAGAACGGCAAGCGUGUCGAACUGGGGCAUUUGCUGCGACGCCUGCGUGGCAAUCUGGAAUUUGUCAGCGUGACGGCGGACGACGCCGGGGUGUACGCCUGCGCAGCUGAGAGCGAGCGAGGGACAGUUAUGAGUGCUAACUAUACUGUCACUGUUCUUGAACCCACGUCCAUCUUGGAGGGCCUCACUGACCUGCAGUAUGCCUCACCCGGUUCCACCAUUCAUUUCAGUUGCACUGCUGCUGGAAACCCCGCCCCCAACGUCACCUGGCUGUUCAACGCCGAGCCCUUGUCCGCCUCGCACCGCAUUCGGGUCUCCGGAGGCCAGCUCGUCAUCGCAGGUGUGGUGCCGCUGGACCAAGGCGUGUACCAGUGUCUGCUGGACAACGGCAUCGGGUCAGCGCAGUCGUCGGGAAUGCUAAGGGUGCACUCGGAAUUGAACCCCGACGACAUUUGGCCUUCGCUGCCGCCCAUGCAAAGCGAUGAGGGCAGCGAGCACUUCCUGGUUGAGGAGGAACAGGACGCAGAUGAGCCGCCGUUUGAGAGCGGCGACCGUCUCACGCCUGACGCACCCAUCAUCACCAGCCCGCCCCAGACCCACAAACCCGACGUGUAUGACCUGGAGUGGCGGGCGGGGCCCGACGGCGGGAGCCCCAUAAACGCUUAUUUUGUCAAAUAUCGUAAGGUGGACGAGAUGGCCACGGUGAUGGAAAGCUGGCUGACGGUGCGAGUGCCUGGCAGCGAGCGCUCUCUGCGUCUCGCCGAUCUCGAGGCGUCCAGCUUGUACGAGGUGCUCAUGGUGGCCCGAAGUUCGGCGGGCGAGGGCCAGCCGGCCAUGCUCACCUUUCGCACUGGGAAAGAAAAGAGUGCCUCUUCCAACAAGAAUCCCUCAAACAAACCCCCCGUCGUUCUGAUGCCGCCCAAAGCGCCUGAGGACAAAACACCCAACACACACUUUGGUGUGGUGAUCCACGACAGAGUGCCCGAGGCUCCCGACCGGCCCACUAUCUCCAUGGCCACCGAGAGCUCCGUCUACGUCACUUGGAUCCCCAGAGCCAACGGGGGCUCGCCCAUCACUGCAUUCCGCGUGGAGUACAAGCGCAGUCGCAGCGCUGAAUGGGGAGUGGCGGCCGACAACAUCUCGCCGCUCAAGCUGUCGGUGGAAGUUCGCAAUCUGGAGCCUGGUGCCACCUAUAGGUUCCGGGUGGCGGCGUUAAAUUUAUACGGCGAGAGUCCUCACAGCAUGGUGUCGAGGCCGUACCAGGUGCCGCAAGCCAGCCCCCGCAUGGCCGACCGGCCCGUGGUGGGACCCCACAUCUCCGCUACCGAUGCCAUCAGCGACACGCAGAUCAUGCUACGCUGGACUUACAGUCCAUCCAGUAACAACAACACUCCCAUCCAAGGUUUCUACAUCUACUACCGGCCCACUGACAGCGACAACGACAGCGAUUACAAGCGUGACGUUGUCGAAGGUGUUAAAGACUGGCACAUGAUUGGUCACUUGCAGGCCGAGACUUCGUACGACAUCAAGAUGCAGUGCUUCAACGACGGCGGAAAGAGUGACUACAGCAACGUCAUGAUCUGUGAGACCAGAGCUCGCCAGUCUCCGGGCUCGCCCAGCCAGCGGCCCGUCACGCCUCCUUGGCCUCACCCGCAGGAGCCUGCCAGCCCGCCCGGCGGGCUGCUGUACCUCAUUGUGGGCUGUGUGCUCGGCGUGAUGGUCCUCAUCCUGCUGGCCUUUAUCGCCAUGUGCCUUUGGAAGAACCGGCAGCACAACAACAUGAACAAAUACGACUCUCCGGGUUACUUGUGCCAGCCAGCAGACAUGAACGGACACGUUUUGGAGUACACUGCUCUGGCAGGGACCGGCCAUCUGAAUGGCGGCAUCCACGGCGGCUAUGGGCACAGCAGGGGCGGCGGCAUGUUGCCCCCAGGAUGCCACCACCUGCACCACAAACACCCCAACGGCCUGCCUCUGCACAACGGCAAUGGCAGCCUCUACCCGGGUGGACACCUGCACGGCCACGACAGCACCCUGGCCCACCCUCACCACCAUCACAAUGGAGGCGGCAUGUACACAGCUCUUCCCCAGUUGGAAUCUUCAGACUGUAUGAGCUGUCAGAACUUGUGCAACAACAACAGGUGUUACAACAAGACGAAUGGCGUACUACCAGACGGGACGCUUCCCCUCAUGAACCGAGUGGCGUCCUGCCAGCAGGACGGUCUGGAGAUGGUUCCUCUGGGCCGGGCGGAGUCGUCGCCGUGCCGCCACCGCCGGCCCCUGUCCGGCGGCCACACCGGCGAGCGUCGGGCAGGCGUUGAUAACCCCGACGCGGCGCACACGCCUGAUGAGCGCCGAGAGUCGUCGCCUUUGCAUCGCUCGUGUUGUUUCGAGGGAGACAACGCGGACUUUCCAGCGGAUGACACAGAGGAAGAGUCGGACGGGGUGGAUCAGGACAGUCCGGUCCUGCGUUGGGAGAGUCUGGGUCUGCCGGAUUCUGACUGUGACGAAAAGCCCAGUUGGAUGUCCGGCGGGGGUGAGCUCAUACAGGCAAGCCUGCAAGAGGUCUGAAGUUGCUGGCGAUUGCAAGGGCGGAGCAACUGUGGAGAUGUCACAAAGAGGACCUGAGAGAGGACAGUCCGAGGAUAUGAAAGAAAACAGUUGAUUGGACCUACAAGAGGACUUUUGUGCCAUACGGAUGACAAACUGUCGCGGUGACCACAUACUGAGAUGACACUCCUAAAGACUCUUUUAGAUGACUUAUUUAUUUUUUUCUAGUAGUAAACUAUUAUUUCAUAUGAAUGUAUCUGUGUCAAAGAACAACGUUUUCAGUCUUUUAUAUUAUUUAUGCUUUUUUUUUGUCUGAGAACUGUUUUGCAUUUGGGAGAUUUAGCGACUUAUAAAGUUUGGUAAUAAUAUAAAGAGAAGAUAUGGAAGAGUAA